AGUAUUUUUAUCCAGCAGCAAAGUUACGUGGUCUGUGCUACAAGUCGAUUUCAAGUCAAUAUUGAGGCUGCUGUACGAGCAACGUAUACAUUUUGCAAAGACAUCUUUGAAGAGUGUGGCAUGAAUUGAUGGAAUAAAAUUGUCUACAUUGGAGAAGAAAAAUAUGACAUCGUCGUUGUCUUCUACGGGACGUAACAAUUAUGUGAGUAAUGUGAGUGGAAGUGGUAAAAAAGCAACUGAAGAUGAUUUUGGCCGAAAUUUAUUGACGUCAACGAAAAAUCGAUCGAAUCGCGCAUCAAGUCUUGCGCUCCCCAACUAUUCGCUAAUAAGUCUCCUGGAUAAGGAGCAAAAUGUCCUCUAUGACACAUUGAAUUUGACACCACCCGCAACGGCAAACGGCCGACGUCAUUCGUCGUCAUCGCACUACUUUACAGCUGAAAUUGAACACCAUCAUCGAACUCCCAGUCCACCGGUGGUGAUAAAUCAGACAAUUUCCACUACGAGCAUCAUUACGUGCGGCAACAGCAGCAGUGGCAGCACAAAUAGCACAACGAGCACCGUAAUUGCUUCCAGUGGCAAAAACAUCAAGGGUGGCUUAAAUAAUGCCCCGAAGAAGCAACGGCCUGAUCCACUCCCGUUAGUUCCUCCGCCAGUGCCAAAACGCACAUUCCCGAGCAAAUAUCAUCCGCGGCACCAACGAUCUCCGCGCGAGACAAUGAAUUACACGAAUCCGUCUUAUGAGCCGACGUCCGCAAAUGGCGCGAGUUACACGCAAUAUUUGACGAGCAAAGCUUACGGAUAUCCACGAAGUCCGUAUGGGACCGAUAUCUCGCCCGGCAGCACUUAUUCCACAAAAGUGCAGCAUCACAGCUUGAGUGAUUUCGAUGACAUCGGCGACACGGACGACUUGGUGUUGUACGACAAAAAGACUUAUGUGGAUUCCAACAAGAGCUCGAGUGACUCGAAUCGCUCGCACGUGACCAUCGACACGGGAUACAUGUCGGCCAAUGAGACAGAACGCUCAAGUGUUUACACAGCAAACACCUCGGCGCCCCGUUCCUUCCGCAGCCGCUUCUCGUCCGAAGAUACGCAAUGCUCGUUAGACAGUUUCACAUCAACGGAGUUACAACGAACUGAUACCACAGAUUCCAUCACGAACUACAAUGAUUCGCCCUUUUCUACGACAAAAAAGAAUGUCUUUACGUUCGAUCGGAGAUUUUACGAACGCAGCAGCAGUGCUCAAAGUGAAGCCAGUGACAGUCCAGGACCGAUGGGACAAUCACGUCGAUUACCGGCACUUCCAGCUCGAAAGGCACAAAAACAGAUGGCACGAAAUCGCAGCAUGCCCCCUACACCGCCCAUCAGACCUUCGCUCACGGCCGAGGGAAAAUUACUCCAAAACGGGCAAACUUUGCAGGGUUUUCAAGAGCAAAUCAACAAUGCGAAAGCCGCAUUGGAAGAAGGAAGUGAGCCCCCGAAUUUCAUGGUGCGCGAACAUAAUCCGUCAUUGCGAAAAAUUCACGGAUCCAAGUUGAAUCAACGUCAGGACUCAUCUCUCUCGAACGAUUCGUACUCGCUGACAUCGUCGCCCGGCUACUCCACAAAAAGCACAAUGGAAAUUCCUCUGUUGCAGCACGGCAGUAAAAUAUCGCGCACCGACACGCCACUUACGGAAGCGCAUUUGCGACAACAGCAGCAAGACACUGACAACGGAGACAAUCUCGGCCCAAUUAUCAGUGCGAAGAGCAUGAAAAAGAAGAAAUCUGUGCCACCCAAGGUGAACAUAAGGCAAGAUUCCAGCAUCUCCAGCGAUAGUUUUAGUCAGACAUCUAGUCCAAGUUACAACUCGAAACAGCUGAUGGAGACGCCGUUGCUUGCGAAUGCCGCCAAACUGAACACCAUCAAGCCCAACUUUAAAAAUAUCAACGAAAUUGAAAAGGCCAAAGACGAAACGGACUCUAAUGGGGCAAUUAUCAAGAGUGCAUCGACGCCAGCGAGUCUCCAAACUAUCGUCCGCUUAUCAAAUGGCAGCACAAACAUGUCCCUGCAACAUAAAAUACUGAAAAAGCGAAAAAAUUCCAAUCCGUACAUCACGCGUGGCAGAUUGAAAUUUAGAUUUUGGCAGAUUUUUAUAAAUAUAAUUGCGAUAAUUGCGAUUUUAGCUGGAAUGGGAGCUUAUUUUACAAAAUAUCCAAUCAUCAAAUAUAUUAACAAUACCGUGAUAAAGACACAGCAGGAGGCUUUACCAACGCCUUUCAUUGCAACAACGACUACGACGGUUGUGCCAAAAAUUGAAGAUAAUCCAAAUCCAGCACCUGGCGUGUGCCUUCCAGUGAUAGUUAAAUUUUGUCAAAACUACAAAAUCCCCUACAAUUACACCGUUUUCCCCAAUUACAUCGGGCACUUUGGUCAAUUGGAGGCGCAAGCUGCUUUGGAGCUCUUUGACGCAUUGGUUGACGUGCAAUGCUAUGAACUUGUUCCGCUUUACUUGUGCACACUUUUUGUGCCGAAAUGCGGGACAUCGGGUGCUCCAGUACCGCCGUGUCGUAGCCUUUGCAACGAAACGAUGCGACGAUGUGGUUUCUUCUUCGGCGUGUUCGGUUUGGAGCUGCCCGACUAUUUGACGUGCAAAAUUUUCGGCGAAAGUGACGACCCGGAAGAGUGUAUUGGGCGCAAGGAGAUGCAAGAAGCCAAAAUCAGACAAGAUCAUCCGCAGUGCAGUGGAUUUUUGUGUGACACGGACUUGCGCGAUCACAAAAGUGGCAAACCACUGAUCAAGUGCAUCCCAAAUGACUGGAAAUGCGACGGGCACGUCGAUUGUGUCGACCAGUCGGAUGAAAGUGCAUGCGGAAGAUGUGGCAAUGACACUAUUCAUUGUGGCGACACGCGAUGCAUGUCUCGUCUUCAUGUCUGCAACGGCAUUAUUGAUUGUCCCUGGGGCCAGGAUGAACGGAAUUGCGUGCGACUUAGUGGACAGAAUGGCGAUAUGGGCCGCGGAGUACUGGAAGUCUACAAACCGAGUGCCAGCAAUAACGACAAAGGCGAAUGGAAACCGGCAUGCGUGCGAAAUUGGGAUUCUAAGACGUCGCCGACACUAAUUUGUUCAAUGCUUGGGUACCGCAGCGUCAAUUCGAGCAACAUGACAAUGCGAAUAUCGAACCGGCCAAUUAUGCCUCCCAAGCAGGAUGCGUCAAAAGUCAUGCGAAUGAUUCAGAGACGACAAUCGAAUUUGUUGAAGGAGUUUACGAGUUGCACGUCGGAACAUGAUUAUCCAGUGGUACAACUCACAUGUACCAAUUACGAGUGCGGCAAGAUUCGCAACAAGUUCUAUAAUCGCCCCACUAAGAGAAUUAUCGGAGGCAAGCGUUCGAAUCCAGGUGACUGGCCGUUUUUGGCUGCGAUUCUUGGGGGUCCCGAAAAGGUAUUUUACUGUGCAGGCGUCCUAAUUGCGGAUCAGUGGGUUUUAACUGCAUCUCACUGCAUUGGAAAUCACACACUGCGUGACGUGAAAGAUUGGACAAUCCAACUUGGAAUCACAAGGAGACAUACGCACAGUUACUAUGGACAAGAAGUUGGUGUUCGCAUGGCUAUCCCUCAUCCGCAGUACGAUGCAUAUAUUGCACAUGAUAAUGAUAUCGCUUUGUUUCAGCUUGUCUCCCGAGUCGCCUUCCACGAGCACUUACUACCUGUCUGUCUCCCGCCCAGGAACAUGCCCGAAAUAAUGGCUGGCACUAAUUGCACCGUGAUUGGAUGGGGAAAACGUGAAGACAAAAGUUCUGGAACCCCGCACACUGUUAGCAACAGUUACGAAGCAACCGUAAAUGAAGUGACUGUUCCUGUUCUCCCUCGUGACUUGUGCAACGAAUGGCUCGAUAUGCUAAAUGUUACCGAUGGCAUGAUUUGUGCCGGCUAUUCCGAAGGUGGCAAAGACGCUUGCCAGGGAGAUUCAGGAGGACCGUUGCUCUGUCCAUAUCCAGGUGAAAAAGAUCGAUGGUUUGUCGGAGGAAUUGUUUCAUGGGGUAUAAUGUGCGCUCAUCCGCGUCUGCCGGGCGUGUACGCCAACGUCCCAAAAUACGUCCCAUGGAUCUUAACUCAAAUGCACAAAUACUCUGUGUCAACAACUGACAUUCUGCAUCUCUAA